AUGCAAAAUGGAUCACGAAAGGGAACCGUAGCAGAGAUCAAAGAGGUCGCGAAGGAGCAGGCGCACCGAGUACGAGGCGCCUCUGCUAUAUCUCUGCUCGGAAGUGCUCGCACGCAGAUUCAGCAUGCGCAGGAAUGCGAGCUGCACGGAGAUCUUACGGGCGCACUCAGCGCACUUACGAAGGCUGCGUCGCUCGCACAGAUGUUUAUGGAGUCUUCAGAGUUCAAGUUGGAGAUCCAGCCAGGGAGGAAGGGUGUGCUUGUAAAGGAAUUCAUGGAUUUCCAGCAGCGAGAAGGAUAUGAUUUAAAGGGCAAGGUGGAGAGCGUAGAGGCCAAGCUUAUUGAAGCGGAAAAAUCGUCACAAUCUAGCAGUGAGGUUGAAGCAGAUGCUCCCCCACAUGCGACUGGCGGAAGCAUUGCCGACCGCAUACGCUCGUUACAGAACACAGGACUUGCGGUUUCGACAACUAAGCGGCUUUCGCGCGAGGUUGCCCCUGCAUCGCCCGCAGCUUCAACCGCAGCGCCAGCGGCAGACACGUCGGGUUCGCGCCCAAGUCCGAAUGGCCGCACCGGCUCCACCAUGCAGAACCUGCCUUCACCUGUGCUCGCAAGUUCCGUUGCGUCAUCCUCGUCUCCGCAUGCGCUAGUGCCAGCGUCGAGUCUCGGUCCGCCGUCGCCCUCGUCGAGUACAUCAUCAUCGCCGCGGCUGUCGAUCCUGAGCUUGUCCGACUUUGCACAGACGUUCCCAUCAAUCGACGAGCUCGACGAAGGUGAAGGGCCGCAUAUGCCGUCGGCGCCGUCUGGUACGGAUCGAGGGCCUCUGUCGCCGUCGGCGCAUUCGAAGCCAUUUCCCGCGCUUCCGAUGGAUCCUGGCCCUCGCCCAUCGAGCACGCCGAUCCCACACACUAUUGACACGUUCAUCAGCCGGCCGGCGUCGCCCGUGCGGACGCCGCUAUCGCCCAGCGUGCCCAGGAAGCCGUCUGGCCUCUCGCUCAGGUCGUCGGCGUCGAGGUCUCCUGUCCUGCCCGCAGCGACCCCGGUUGCCCAGAAACCGCCAGAAAUACCCGUCACGACGACAUUAUUUCCCAAGGCGCUAAUGGAUUAUAGGCAGCGAAGCAACUACACGGUGCUGCUGCUGGACGUGCGGACGCGCGAGGAAUUUGAGAAGGAGCACAUCAAAGCGGAUGCGGUCGUGUGCAUUGAGCCAUCAGUGCUUCUCCGAUCAGAGGUCACUUCGAUGACUAUCGAGGAUUCGCUGGUAGUAGCGCCGCGCAACGAGGCUAUGCUCUUCUCGAACCGUAACAAGUUCGAUCUGGUGGCUAUGUACGAUGAUGCAUCAGAAUCCUUUGGCGACGCGAGCACAUUCAUGUCCGUUCUUGCACGAGCGAUAUACGAGAUGGAGUUUCGCAAGAUUCUCAAGCAUCCUCCCAUGAUUCUCGUCGGUGGGUUGCAGGCGUGGAAACGCGAGAUGGGGGAGGCGGAGCUGAUGAGGGGUGCAACCAGUGUGUCUUCAGGAGGAGUGAGCGCCGCAAGUUUGGCGAACGGGCCGGCCACCACGCACGUCAACGGACUAUCAUCUCCCACCAUUGCCUCGUACUCCACAGCGAAGAGUCCAACUCUGCCCGGCCACAUUCGUUCCGCUGCAGAAUCGACGAUGAUUUCUAGUGCAUCCGCUUCCGGAUUUGAGCAUGCAGGACGACACCGGACUGGCAUGGAGUCGUCGAUGGAGGUCGGUGCGUACAAACCUUGGGCUCCGACUAAGCCUAACGGAGACGAUACCGAGAACUACUCGCCUGUGCCGUUCCGAUCGGGCAUGGACUCACCUCUCUCACCGACGUUGGCGUCAUCCGUGCGUCUGGUCCAUAAGUCACCAGCGACUCGCCCUGCCUCAAGUCCCGUAUCUUAUCCAUACAAUGCCGCGCCCCCAAUACCCGAAAGCCCUGCUGCACAGCACACUAGUUAUCCCCACAUGAACGGGACGUCGUCCAUUCAAUACCCAAGCGUUGCACGCAAUAUAUCCCCGCAGAUAUCCGGAACGUCCUUCUCUUCGUCACUACCCGCACUCAAUGGCAUGACGCCGGUGCCGCUGCCACCGCAGGCUUCGAUUCAUCCAUCUCCUCUGUCACGGCGCAGGAGCGACUACACGGAUCAGUCUCAGGAAGCGCUCUCCGGCAUGGCUGCGCGCACGCCUAUAGACUACCCUGAUCUUCCUACUCAGCAUGUCCUCAGGCCGCCACCGGCGGCAGCUGCCUCGAGCCUGGAGAGGCAAGAUAACCGGCCGCGAUUGAUGCAAAGCAAGUCGUAUUCGAUCGCUCAGGCUGGGCCGAAGCCGCCGGCCAUCCGAUCGGAUUAUCCUGUUACCUAUUGGUCCGACAUCCAGAUUGGUACUUCUGGCCUGAAGAAUCUGGGCAAUACCUGCUAUAUGAACUCGACCAUCCAGUGCUUGAGUGCUACCGUACCAUUUGCGCGGUUCUUUACUGAUGGUCGGUGGAAGAGUGCCGUCAACAUGGUAAACCCACUGGGCACCAAGGGCAACCUUGCGCUGACUUUUGCAAAUAUAUUGCGAGAACUAUGGCAGGGUGAUGGACAGUGCUUAUCCCCAGUGACCUUCCGCCGGUCCUUGUGUCAAUAUGCUCCACAGUUCGGAGGUUCAGAGCAACACGAUUCUCAAGAGUUCCUGAACUUCCUGCUGGACGGUUUGCACGAAGACUUGAAUCGCAUCCUGAAGAAACCCCAGAUCGAGACGACCCCUGAGCGGGAGGAGCAGCUCGAGCGGCUUCCUAACCAGAUCGCAAGCGAGCAGGAAUGGCAGAUCUACCGCAUGCGGAACGAUAGUCUUGUGGUUGACUUCUUCCAGGGGCAGUUCCGCAAUCGGAUGGAGUGCAUGCACUGUCACAAGACGUCGACGACAUAUAAUACGUUCAUGUACCUCAGUUUGCCGAUUCCAAGUGGCCGGGCGUUGUCAAAGGUCACACUGAAACAAUGUUUAGAUUCCUUCGUUAAGGAAGAAGUCAUGGAGAAGUCGGAGGCCUGGAAUUGUCCACAUUGCAAGACGCUGCGGAGGGCGACGAAGAACCUUUCAUUGUCUCGGCUACCUCCUGUUCUUCUGAUUCACCUGAAGCGCUUCUCCUCGAAGGGUCACUUCACAGAUAAGAUUGAGACAUAUGUUGACUACCCGUUGCGAGGGCUGGACCUUACCAACUAUAUGCCGCCUCCGCUCCCUCCCGGCAUAAACGCUGGACCCCAGCUUUCUCGGGAGGAUCCUCGAGCACAGAUACCCCCAUACAGAUACGAUCUGUACGCCGUGACGAAUCACUUCGGGACGUUGAGUAGCGGUCAUUAUACUGCUUUCAUUGCUUCGCGCGGUGGAUGGUUAUACUGUGAUGAUAGUCGUAUUUCGCAUGCCGACCCCAAAGAUGUCGUGGGAAAACCGGCCUAUAUGUUGUUCUACAAGAGGACUCGGUCUUAA